CGUAUAGAAAAUGUCCGCCAAAACUGCCACCACCGCUUCUGCUGAAGUCCAAAAGAAAGACAACCCAAUGCGUGGUCUUAAAAUCGAAAAAUUAGUCUUAAACAUCUGUGUUGGUGAAUCAGGUGAUAGAUUAGUUCGUGCUGCUAAAGUUCUUGAACAAUUAACCGGUCAAACCCCAGUUUACUCAAAAGCCCGUUACACUGUCAGAUCAUUCAACAUUCGUCGUAAUGAACAAAUUGCCACUCACGUCACUGUUCGUGGUGAAAAAGCUGCUGAAAUCUUAGAAAAAGGUCUCAAAGUUAGAGAAUUCGAACUCCGUGCUAAAAAUUUCUCAACCACCGGUUCAUUCGGUUUUGGUAUUGCUGAACACAUUGAUUUAGGUCUCAAAUACGAUCCAUCAAUCGGUAUUUAUGGUAUGGAUUUCUUCGUCGUCCUUGCUCGUCCAGGUUUCCGUGUUUCACGUAAAAAGAGAGCUGUCGCCAAAGUUGGUUUCCAACAUAGAAUUACCAAAGAUGAUGCCGUCAACUGGUUCAAAACUACUUAUGAUGGUAUUGUUAUUGGUGGUAAAAAAUAAACUUUCUAUCCUCAUAAAUUUAAAUAUAUAAAAAAGAAAGAAUUUUAUUUGUAAAC